AACUCCCCAAUCCUACAAAGUAAAAGGAGAGGAUCCACCGCCUCCCAAAACUCCACCACAAAAAGAAAAAAGCAACCAUGGCCACCACCAAGCUCCUUCUCUACCUUCUCCUCCUCGUCCAGCUCGCCGCCACAGCCUACUCCAUCGGCGUAAACUACGGUACUCUCGCCGACAACCUUCCGCCACCGGCCCAAGUCGCCAACUUCAUCAAAACCCAAACCACCAUCGACGCCGUCAAACUCUUCGACGCCAACCCCGACAUCAUCAAGGCCUUCGCCAACACCAACAUCUCCUUGACGAUUACCAUCCCCAACGGAGACAUCCGGAGCCUCACAAAUCUACGCACCGCUCGCCAUUGGAUCAUUGAUCAUGUCAAGCCGUUUUACCCGGCAACCAAAAUCAAAUACAUUGCUAUGGGCAGCGAGGUCCUCCACUGGGGGGACGACGCUCUCAAGUCGAGCCUCGUCCCUGCCAUGAGGACCUUCCACAACGCUUUGGUCCGCGAGGGGAUCAAGGAUGUCAAGGUCUCGACCCCUCACUCGCUCGGAAUGAUGUUGUCUUCUGACCCGCCCAGCACAGGCCGGUUCAGACCGGAGGUGCUUCCAAUUCUGGCCCAAUUGCUCCUGUUCUGUCGCCAGACCAGGUCGCCUUUCAUGGUUAACCCGUACCCGUUUUUCGGGUGGUCACCCGAAAAGGAGAACUACGCUCUCUUCAGACCCAACAGUGGUGUGCGCGAUAAAUUCACCGGCAAGUUUUACACUAACAUGUUCGAUGGGUUGAUGGACGCGGUUUACUCAGCUGCCAAGGCAAUCGGGUUCGGUGACGUGGACUUGAUUGCUGGCGAGACCGGUUGGCCUUCUGCUUGCGAGCUCCCAGUCUGCUCGGUUCAGAACGCUGCGGACUACAACGGUAACUUGAUCAAGCAUAUUGAGUCCGGUAAGGGUACGCCAUUGAUGCCAAACCGGAAGAUCGAGACUUACAUCUUUGCUUUGUUUAAUGAGAACCAGAAACCCGGUUCGGCCGCUGAGAAGAACUUUGGGCUGUUCAAACCGGACAUGACUCCGGUUUACAAUGCUGGGGUUAUGCGCAAUCAGCAGGAUGGUGCAACUCCGGGAAAGCCUGCCGGACCAGCGAAACCAUCAACACCAGCGACGCCGACAACACCGGUGGCAGGAGGCAAGAAGUGGUGCGUGGCAAAAUCAGCAGCCAGCAACCAAGCAUUGCAAUCAAACAUUGACUAUGUCUGCAGCACCGGCGUUGAUUGCAAGUCCAUCCAGCCAGGCGGCGCUUGCUUUGAUAACGACGUUAGAGCCCGCGCGUCUUACCUCAUGAAUGCUUACUACCAGGCUAACGGCCGUCACGACUUCAACUGUGAUUUCUCUGGGUCCGGACAAAUCACCACCACCGACCCAAGCCACGGCUCUUGUAAAUACAACGCUUGAGCUUGAGUAGAUGAUAUGAGGAACGGAAGAUAUGUUGUUGACCGUGACUUUUUUUCUUUCUAAUUUUUUUUAAUUUUUUUGUGGGAUGUUGAUGAUUAUGGUGUAUUUGGAAUUUAAUUACUAUAUGAUGGUUAAGAG